UGUCUGAAGCCGUUGGCUGGUCCUGAACUGUUUGGCUCUUUCUCCACUAGCAAACAGUUUACAAUGUACCUCAAUCGCGCUUAAAUCUAUUUUUUAAACGGUUUUAUUCAGCUCCACGCCGAUGCGAUCGGGACUGGACGCUUGUUUGGGAAUUUAUCUGACGAUCUGCCGCCUCAAAGCAGCUUUAUAACGCUUUGUUUGAGCACUAUUUUACAAAAUAGUCGAGGAGGAGGAAAUUCCACACAAGCAGCUCAGCAGUGAAAAGCACCCCUCGCGCUCAUCCGGGUAUUAAAACUGUAGACUCUUGCUAAAGGUUCACAUUAGAGCAAGACUGGAUCACAUGGUGCUGAGACACUUUGGUUGGAUUCUUGAAAAGCGUUUGCCUUGCGGAAAUAGAGCUGAUAGUGUGGCUUGUGUCCUGUGUGCUGACCUCAUGGUGUAAGCAAGUGUGAAGAUGAGUAUUAGCAGCGAUGAGGUCAACUUCCUGGUGUAUAGAUACCUGCAGGAGUCAGGGUUUUCCCACUCGGCUUUCACAUUCGGCAUCGAGAGCCACAUCAGCCAGUCCAACAUCAACGGUGCCCUAGUGCCCCCUGCUGCCCUGAUCUCUAUUAUCCAGAAGGGCCUGCAGUACGUGGAGGCUGAAGUCAGCAUCAAUGAGGACGGCACGCUGUUCGAUGGGCGGCCAAUUGAGUCUCUGUCGUUGAUCGACGCAGUGAUGCCCGAUGUUGUACAGACCCGGCAACAGGCGUACAGAGACAAACUGGCCCAGCAACAGGCCGCUGCAGCGCCCUCGACAACCAACACCAACAUGCAGGCUAACGCCAAAAACGGAGAGAACACCGCAAACGGAGAAGAGAACGGUGCUCACGCCUUACCUAAUAACCAUGCAGACAUGAUGGAGGUGGAUGUGGAUGUGGAGAUCCCUCAGAAUAAAGCCAUGGUGUUGAGAGGUCACGAGUCAGAGGUCUUCAUCUGCGCCUGGAACCCUGUCAGUGACCUGCUUGCCUCUGGGUCUGGGGACUCGACAGCACGGAUCUGGAAUCUGAGUGAGAACAGCAGUAGUAGCUCCACACAGCUUGUCCUGAGGCACUGCAUACGGGAAGGUGGCCAAGACGUACCCAGCAACAAAGACGUCACAUCGUUAGACUGGAACAGUGAAGGUACACUAUUAGCCACAGGCUCUUACGAUGGCUUUGCAAGAAUAUGGACUAAAGAUGGUAAUCUGGCCAGUACUCUGGGUCAACAUAAAGGUCCAAUAUUUGCAUUAAAAUGGAACAAAAAAGGAAACUUUAUCCUCAGCGCGGGUGUUGAUAAGACAACAAUCAUUUGGGAUGCUCACACAGGAGAAGCCAAACAGCAGUUCCCGUUUCAUUCAGCACCUGCUCUGGACGUGGACUGGCAGAGCAACAACACGUUUGCUUCCUGUAGCACAGACAUGUGCAUCCAUGUGUGCAAACUAGGCCAGGACCGACCCAUUAAGACAUUCCAAGGACACACAAAUGAAGUUAAUGCAAUCAAAUGGGAUCCGACAGGCAACCUGCUGGCAUCGUGUUCUGAUGAUAUGACUUUAAAGAUCUGGAGUAUGAAACAGGACACUUGUGUUCAUGAUUUGCAAGCUCACAGCAAAGAAAUCUACACUAUCAAAUGGAGCCCCACAGGUCCAGGAACCAACAACCCCAAUGCCAAUCUAAUGCUGGCCAGUGCUUCCUUUGACUCCACUGUUCGGUUAUGGGACGUAGAUCGAGGCAUCUGCAUCCACACACUAACCAAACACCAGGAGCCCGUGUACAGUGUGGCCUUCAGUCCUGACGGACGGCAUCUAGCCAGCGGCUCUUUCGACAAGUGUGUCCAUAUCUGGAACACACAGACUGGUGCUUUAGUCCAUAGCUACAGGGGAACAGGGGGCAUUUUUGAAGUUUGCUGGAACGCAGCUGGAGACAAAGUAGGAGCAAGUGCGUCAGACGGCUCUGUUUGUGUAUUAGAUCUGCGGAAAUAGCACUGAUUGCUGGAAGCCAUGGACCGACUAUGAAUGUGUACAUAGCCAAAAUGACUGUCCCUGACCCUCAAACUGCUACAGUCCCUAGUGAACCAUGGCCAGCCACUACAGACAAACAAACAAAAACAAGCACCCUGACGCACCACACCGAGCGGAGAGGAUGUGAUUCCAACCAGAGACAUUCAAAUGACUUUUGUAAGUGACAAAGGUGGGAAAAAAUAAUAUAACGGAGGAAGAAGACAAAAGGACUGGUAUAUGUACCAAAUUUGGAAGAUAUUUUACUAUUUGUUCUUCAAAAUAAAUGAACGAAAGGAUUUUAAUCUUUGUUGGUAUUUCCGUUUCAGUGUGCAGACAUAUCAACUUUUUCUUUUUCUCCCUGCCUCUCUUUCUUUCACUCUCACUCUCACCCCCCCCCCCCCCCCCCACCCCACACACACACACACAUUUUCACUGUUUUAUUUGAAGUCACAGCUGCAUGAUUCCAGGAGUCUUUUGUUUUCAUCCAUUUUACACAAAAACAGUUAUUUACAGUUUUUUGGUUCUGGACGUUUGGUGAUUUCAAACAGUGUGGGGACAUAAAAUAAAUAAAGUUUUAUAUUUUUCUUGUUCUUCAGUUUUUGAUGCUAUGGUGUAAAUGUUAUCUAACUAGUCAUUUGAGCCCGAUCCUGUUGUACACUAAAAGAGAGGUACAUUGUACGGAAUUAACCAGAAACUGAACACAGGCGCACACAUUUAAAGGAAAUUAAUCUGUUCACUCAUACGACUGUAUCUAAUUGUUAGAUGUUUCCUAGAUCAGUUCAAAUUCAAUGUUAAAUGGUAAACAGUUCUACAAUCUAGUUCUCAGAUCAAGAUUGUGACCCAGGAACAUGUAUGACAUGCAUGCAGAUACAUGCAUGUAGAAGCAGGUUCACAAUAUUUUUAAACAAACCAUCAGGUGAUUGGCCUUUCACACAUUUUCAUUCUUUAUCCUGUUGGACUACAGCAGUGGGUUUCUCUUUUGUUGUAUCGGUUAUAUUUGUGUGCAAAUCAAGAAUGAUACUUUUUAAAUAUUUGGCAUUUUUACUCACAGGUUGUUAUAAGUGGUUUUGUUUCUGCUUCUGUAACUAGUUUGCUUUUUGUCCAUCACCUCUGUCAAAAACCAAAACUCACUUCUCCAUUACACAGGAUGGUUUUCGUUUUUUUUGGAUGAUCUUUGAACUUUAUUGGAAAGCCCAAAGCUUAAACAAGUCUGUGUUAUUCAGGACAUUCAACAAACAGCUAAAUUACUCAAAACGCCAGUGACAAGAAUGAUUUCCUAUGCUGAGUUUUCGUCAAUCUUAAAACUGUUAAAAAUGUAAUUCUGGAUUCUUUGCACAUUAUGUGAUGUAACAUUCAGUCAUAUGAUCGUUCUAUCACGUAAUGAGACAUGCGUUCGUUUACGGGUAUCGCAUGCAUCAGGACAGCAGUACACGAAACGGCACCUUUUAAAAUCUCUUUGACAUCUACAGCUGUCCAAUUUCUGAUUUGGAGUCUUUUGUCCAUAUUAAUGUGCAUUUGGUUUUCUCAAAGUCGACAUCAAUGAAGCUUUUUGGUGCCUCAGCCAAUGAGGAAUCAGAAUAAGUCAAAGGCUCCAAGAGUGUACAAAUGAUAGAGGCUUGUUUGCUCAGUUUUUAAAUUACUUUCCUCAAGUUAUUUGUAGGACAUCAUGUGACAUUUAUCCUUGCAUUUUGUAUACAACUGACUACUUUUAAGUAGAUAAAAAAAACUAAAAAAACAUCUGAACACUAUUUAUUACAGUCUGACAACAGAAGGGUGUUUCAGUCCCCCUCUGUCCUCUGUGUGUAUUCGCCCCAGUGUCUGCCUGCCCGCAACUAUAUUUCAUCACGGUGUCAUUUCUAAUCAUUAUUCUUACUGCGUCUGUAUCCCCUGGACUUUUUGUACUCUUUUAAAACUUUUGUAAUUCUUAUUUCUUUGUAACUAUAUAAAAAAAUAAAAUAAAAAAAAAGAGUAAAGAAAUAAGCAAAAAAGAAAACCCAAACAAACUAUUGGAGGUCGGUUGGAGUGUGUACAGCUAAGACCUCAGUUUGCUCACUCUGAGUCCAAUGUGUUCUCGGAUGUCCCCACACUUGAUCUUUAUUUCCCCAGUCAAACGUUUUUGGUAGCAAAAUUUCCCCCUUGCAUUGCAUUGAUCUGUUGUCAUUUGAAUCAGAUCUGGAGUCCAAAAUAAAGUAUAUUUUGAUAUUA